UGAACCUCUGAGAUCAGUGGGACUGCAGUUGAAUGAAGAGGGCCCUUGGGAUGCUGCUGUGGAGACAAGACUUACUAGAUUCUUACAAGAUUCUGGCUUAAAUCUAAUGCUAAACUAUAGUAUAAAAUAGCAUGAUUGCCAAAAGGAAAUCUAAGGAAUAAAUAGCUUGUCGAAAACUUUCCUUGUGCAGCAGAAGUCAGAGGCUUGAUUCACUGCACUAUGUCUCGCUCAAGUGCAAAGGGUUCCCAAGGUCUGAGGGAGAUUGCAACAUGGCUGCUAGUCACUUCUCUGUUUGCUGUGCAGUUUAUUAGCAUUUAUGGACAAGAGGGAUCUGACGAAUAUUCAGGUUACCAUGAAUUCCAGGAAGAGAUUUAUUCAGAGGAGAAUAAUUAUGAUGGGGACUCUAGGUACAACGGUUAUGGGUCUGGAGAUGAUGAUUUGACGACAGCUACAGAUGUUCCAUCAAGCACAAGUGUCACAGAAGACUUAUAUACAGAAGAAAUAACAUAUUCUGGGUAUGACCCUGACACUCAGCUGGUGACAGAAGAAUCAAGACCAUAUCCAACUCCAACAGAAUCCUUUUUUGCUGCAAGGGAUGUAACUACAAUUACAACAAGACUUCCAUACCCCAGACCAACAACUCCAAGUGAGAAUGAGGACAUUCUACAGGCCCCAGAAAUUUCCUACAGUGACGAAGUGACAAAUUUAAUUGAAGAAUUUAAUAUACCCAGGAGUUCAGGCGUGAAGACCAUUUCAGGAUCAAGGUCUCAUCUUACUGCUUACCAGCUUGGGGGAAGAUUACCAGUUAAGAGACUGGCAAGAUUGUUGUUGCCCACUGGAUUGCCUCUGGAAUUCUCCCUUGUUUCAACCUUAAGAAUGAGGGAACAGACUCAGGAAGAAAUAUGGAACCUCUGGGAUCUUCAGGCUAGGAAUGGGGUUGAACAGUUCAGACUGAGGCUUUAUGGAGAAACAAAUGCAGUGGAUGUAUAUAAUGUAGCAGCUUCCGGUAGGGAAAAGGUAACUACUUUUAGGAACGUGGGGACUUUGUUUGAUGGAAAAUGGCACAAACUUUCUCUUAGUGUCAGAAGAAAUCAGCUUACAUUGCAUGUGGACUGCAAGCAAGUUGGAACCUCUGCAGUCAAUAUAUAUGGUACAGCAAGGGUGGAUGGAUUCAGCACUGUGGGAAGGAGGAUAAAGGAUGAUACCACAGCUAAUAUUGACAUACAACAAUUUGAGUUGUCUGCAGAUGCAGGAAGAUCUGUUGAAGAAACUUGCUGUGAUAUUCCUGGAGUGGAUGAUUAUAGGUGUGCUGAUUUAGGUGAAGCUAUUCUUCCGACCAGCUGCAAUUGCUUGCCUGGAGAUCCUGGGUUUGAAGGAUUCCCAGGAGCAAAGGGUGAAAAGGGCAACCAAGGUGCUGAAGGCUAUAUUGGAGUUCAUGGUAGACAUGGUUACAGAGGGGCCAAAGGAGGACAAGGAAGAAGAGGUGAUACCGGUACCAGGGGUGACCCAGGUCCUGAUGGUGAUGAAGGCCCCUCUGGUUUCACAGGUGAUAUUGGCUACAUAGGACUGCCUGGAAUCAAAGGAGAAGAGGGUAUACCAGGAAUUCAGGGAGAACCUGGACUCACAGGGCCCCGAGGAGAACAAGGAGAAAUUGGAGAGACUGGUGCUGUUGGAAAACUAGGAAGUGAUGGCAUUAGGGGAUCUCUUGGUGAAAAGGGAUCAAGAGGUCCACAAGGAAAGGAAGGACCUCAGGGACCCGAAGGGCAAAGGGGUGAUGGUGGUACCCCAGGAUUUACAGGAAGCAGAGGGGAUGCUGGAUACACGGGGUACCCUGGAAUUACAGGAGAUCAAGGAGAACAAGGAUUAAAGGGCACUAAGGGAUUAUCUGGGGUUGCAGGAAGGCCCGGUAGACAUGGGAAGGAUGGAAAGAUUGGAGUUCCAGGAAGAGAAGGAGAAAUGGGAGUUAUUGGACUAAAGGGAGACAAAGGAGAUAGAGGUCCACAGGGUCCACAAGGUGUUGAGGGCAUGAUGGGACACAAGGGUGCUAAAGGUGAUGCUGGAGUACCAGGAGAGCCAGGUCCUCAGGGACUUAGAGGACCAAAGGGCUCGAAAGGAGAAACAGGAGAUGAUGGAGUAAAGGGAGACAAGGGAAAACAAGGAUCCAAAGGAAAGCUUGGAAUUACGGGUGAUACUGGUGACCCUGGAGACAAAGGAUCAAAAGGGAAACGUGGCCCUGCAGGUCCUUUAGGUCAGCAAGGCAGAAUUGGUGCCCCUGGAUCACCAGGUCCAAGAGGUUAUCUUGGUCCGAUAGGAGAUAAUGGAGAGAGAGGAUCUCCUGGAUCUCCUGGACUUCCUGGACCCCAGGGCUCAGACAUGCCUGAUCAACUUGUGUAUGAGCUGUGCCGUAAAGUUGUUAUAGAGCAAAUGUCCCAAUAUGCAGCUGGCAUUAGAGGGAAGUGCACUAGUGCAUGUCCAACUGCCAACGUUUCAUUAAUUGGACCACCAGGACCUCCAGGGGCAACAGGAAAAAUUGGGAAAAAGGGAAAACCUGGUACUGCUGGAUCAAAUGGAAAACGAGGACCAAGAGGACCAGUUGGCCUUCCUGGACUAAAUGGACUUGUUGGAGAACAAGGUAACAAGGGUGAAAAAGGAGUAAGAGGUGAAACAGGUAUUGGACGUCCCGGACCAGAUGGAGUUCAAGGUCCUACAGGAUAUCCAGGUUACCCAGGAGUUGCCAAGGAUGGAAUGCCUGGUCCAUGGGGCCCACCUGGCUACAAUGGUCCAAUUGGUCAGCAGGGGCUCUCAGGUCCUCCAGGUGUUCCAGGAUUUUGUGAAGCCAGAGACUGCGGUAUUAACGCACCAACAUUGCUAAAUGAACAAGGUUUAACGAAUGGAAGAGCCUACUGAGUAACAAGAAGCAGAAUCUGGAAAACAACAAGAUGAUUGAUGUCUGUGGAGUUCUGAUAAUGCCAUCUGCUAAAUAAGAGUUCUCACUCCUUUAGAUUCAAUCUGAACUAUAAUAUCUGCCACCCUCAACUUCAGAUCUUCAUUCAUUAUUUUGUUGUCAAGGACAUCUUCUCUUAGAAAUAUGUAAUCUAGUUUUUCUGACUUUUAAUGCCUUUAAACGUUACAUUUGUUAUGCAUAUGAUACACAGUAGGCAUUACUGUUGGCGAAAAUCCAUAAACAAUUACCUCCAAUCCUUUUCUGCAACUUUUACACCACCCAGAAGACUACCUGAUCCACAUUGCUUUAUAGCUGGUACCUGGAAUGAACACAAAUAUCAAUGGACAUGCAAUAAGUGAUACGUGGCCCAAUGUUUUGUACCGAUUAUUGCAGUUAUGGGGAUGAAAUAUCUAUUAUUUUUUUUUUUUUUUGAAGACCCAUAGUCUCUAAACAAGAAAGAAAGACCAGCUAUACUGAUUAAAAUGAGAAAGAAAAUAAAUAGCUGAAAGAAAAUAAAUAUUUCAAAGUGCUGUUAUUUGAUAAUAAAAUAACUCAAAAUGUCAAUGUAUUGAA